AUGACCCCAUAUCUUCGCUUCCUAUCUCAUAAACCAUUCUAUCCUCAAUACUCUUUCCUGUUUCAUAUACUUCACUGCAUUCAUCAUUUAGAUAUGGAACUUAGCCUUAAGCACCAACUUGGCCUUGCUUGUGUCACACUACUUUUACCUGCACUCUGUAUAUCACAGGACACUUUUACGUGCUCCAGAGCAACAUAUUAUGGUAGCCCUGAUUGCUAUGGGAAUCCAAAGGGAGCUUGUGGCUUUGGCGAAUAUGGAAGAACGGUGAAUGAUGGAAGUGUGGCAGGGUCAAGGCUAUGGAGGAAUGGAAGCGGCUGUGGUGCAUGCUAUCAGGCUAGGUGCAAGAUACCGCAAUAUUGCGAUGAAAAUGGAGCAUUCGUGGUGGUGACAGACUAUGGUGAGGGAGACAGAACAGACUUCAUCAUGAGCCCGCGCGCUUACUCGAGAUUGGGACGCAACGCAGAUGCAUCUGCAGAGUUGUUCAAAUAUGGUGUAGUGGAUAUUGAAUACAGAAGAGUCCCAUGUAGUUACACUGGCUACAAUGUCGUGUUUAAGGUACAUGAACACAGCAGAAACCCUGACUACUUUGCUGUCGUGGUUCUCUAUGUAGAUGGAACUUACGAUGUCACUGCUGUUGAGUUGUUUCAGCAAGACUGCCAAGAAUGGAAGCCAUUGCGCAGGGCCUUUGGGGCAAUGUUUGACUAUAGCAACCCACCAAGUGGUGAAAUGUACCUGAGGUUCCAAGUUAGUGGCAGUGCAGGGAUUUAUUGGGUUCAGUCAAGGAAUGCUAUCUCUAGUGAUUGGAGGGCCGGAGCAACAUAUGACACCAUGGUGCAGCUUAAUUAG